AUGGCCCCUCCUUCAGAAAAGACCAAGGCUCAAAUCAGCCAGAUCCUCACCGGGGUCGAACACAUCACUCGGCACAAUCAAGACCCCUUCAAGGUGAAGAUUGAAAACUUCAUCGGCUAUACGCACGUUCCGGUUGGAUUAGCUGGACCGCUACACAUUCGGACGCCCACAGGUCCCGACAAGGAGAUCUGGGCGCCCAUGGCCACCACUGAGGCGGCGGUAGUCGCCAGCUGCUGUCGCGGAUGCAAGGUUGCCAAUGCCUCUGGUGGUAUUGAAGUCCACAUGGAGGAGGAGGGCAUGACGCGCGGCCCGGUCUUUCGCUUCCAAAAUCCCGGAGAUGCGUUGCGAUUUGCGCGCGCGCUGCCUACCCUCCAGGCAUCGUUCAAGGAAGUGGCGGAGAGUACCAGCAAACAUGCUCGCUUACAGAGCCUCAAACCGCAUACGAUCGGCAGCUCUGUCCAUCUGCUUCUGAGCUACGCUUGCGGAGACGCGUCAGGCCAGAACAUGGUGACUAUAGCCACAGAUUGGAUCCGUGACUGGGUGUCGAAGAACCUAGAAAAGGAAUAUAAGGUUGUGGACACAUUUGUGGAAGGCAUGCUAUCCUCGGACAAGAAGCCAUCGUGGAGGAAUGUGGCCGUUGUCCGGGGUGUCGAGACCGUGGCCUGGACAGCUCUAUCCGACUCCGCAUGUCAGCGAGUCUUAGGCUGCUCAUCCGCACAGUUGUAUAAUUUCAUUCAGACGACCCAAGAAGCGGGGAUUCGGAAUGGCCAGCAUGGCAGCAAUAUGGACUCCGCCAAUAUAUUGGCAGCUAUUUUCAUUGCCACGGGUCAAGAUCCGGCGUGCGUCGCGGAUGCUUCGUGGGCACAUCUGACGCCGGAAUACGAUCAGGCGUCCAAGACAAUAACGUUGAGCCUGUAUUUCCCCUCCAUGCCUGUAGGGGUAAUCGGCGGGGGCACGUCAUACGCGACACAGCAGGAAGGCUUGCGGAUCAUGCAGUGCAAUGAACCCGGCGGUAAGCGACGCCUGGCUGGGUACAUUGCUGCGUUUGCUCUGGCGCUGGAGAUCAGUUCGGCUUCUGCUGUGGUGACGAAGACAUUUGCUCGCAGUCACAAGCGGUUAGCACGUUGGGAGGCUAGUGAGAGGCCAAGGUCCAAAUUGUGA